AUGUUUGACGGGUCAAAGUCCAGUAGUACAUCCAGCUUCAAGGAUGCAUUCAAAAGAGCAUCCUCAUCACUACGACCACAACCUUUAAAUGACAAACGUGCCAUUGAAAGUAUUCAACGUUAUCAAGAUAUACUAUCGCCUAUAUUGAUUAACCGGUAUCAAACACCACGACCGAAUGAAGACAGCUUCGCUGAACCCAGAAGGAAAGUGACACCAAUUGCAAUAAAGCAUUCAUUAGAUAUACCUUUAGAAUCAAUACUUAAUUUGUACGUGCGACCUGGAGAGCCUCAUUUCGUAAUGUGGUUUUUGAUUUCGUCAUAUUUCCCCCUUAUUGCCGCCUGUCUUGGUCCUUUGUCCAAUAUGAUUUCUAUUAUCGCUUUAAUUGAACACUGGCGAGUUGAUGUCAAGACAGGGUAUUACCACCCCGACCCACACAAAGUAGUUGUGUUGAAUGCAUUAUCAUUAGCUUUGGGAUUGGUUGGAAACAUUUCCUUAUUGAUGAAUUUCUCCCGAUCUGUCAAGUAUUUGAUAACUCAAUGUAUUUCUAUUUUUUCAUGGUUUUGUGCAUGUAUGUUUCUUGUUGCCGGGAUUUUGAUUACCAAUUAUCAAGCAUUGGAUGAUUUCAUCAAUAUUCAACGUUCUGAAGGAUUUUAUUUUGCUUGCUUCACUGCCGCUUACUAUUUCUUAUGUAUGCUGAUUUUAUUGAUCAAUUUCGCUGGGUACAGGUUAAAUAAGUACCCUCCUACUUUUAACUUGGACCAGAAGCAAAGAACCUUAAUGGUUUACACCAUCAUGUUUAGUGCUUGGAGUGUUGCAGGUGCUGUUGCCUUGACCCAUUUGAUUAAAGAGAUUUCUUAUGGGUCAGCAUUAUAUUAUUGCACGGUAUCUAUUUUGACUAUUGGAUUGGGAGAUAUAAUCCCCAAAACAUCGGGUGCAAAAGUGGUGGUGCUUAUCUUUUCUUUGGUUGGUGUACUCAUCAUGGGUUUGAUUGUUGCCACUUUACGAUCGGUUAUUCUCUCAUCCGCUGCUCCAGCGGUAUUCUGGAACGAUACUGAAAUUCAACGAAGAAGAUACGUUGACAAACUCAUGACUAUGAAUAAAGCAAUUACUCCAGAGGAGGCAUUCCAUAAAAUAAGACGCAUUCGUAAUCAAGUUAAAACCGUACGGACCAAUAUUGGAUUAUUAAUGACCGUGUUGGUGUUUCUUGGGUUUUGGCUACUUGGUGGCAUGAUUUUCCACUUUAUAGAAGGAUGGUCCUAUUUCCACUCAAUUUAUUUUUGUUUCCUUUGUUUAUUGACCAUUGGGUAUGGUGAUUAUGCUCCCAAGACAAGUCUUGGACGCGUUUUCUUUAUUUCAUGGGCAAUAUCCGCAGUACCAUUGAUGACGAUCUUGGUGUCCAAUGUUGGAGAUGAGUUAUAUGACACUUCAAAUCAAUUGAGUGAAUGGUUUAGUAAAUGGAUGUUUCUGCCUGAUAACGCAUACGAGGAAAAGAAGGCAAUCAAGAGAGAAAUCAAAGAAGAAUGCGGUGAUGACGUCACUGUCAACUCGACAAUAUUGGCCGAGGAGUUGCGAAAUGAUCUUGAUUUGACACUACGUGAGUAUGGUGAUGAUGCUGAGGCCAACAGUUGGAAAGUCGAAGAUGAGAUAGAACAUGAAAUUCUGGAUUUAGACGGCAGUGAAUCCACUACUGGUGCGGCUAAUGCUCUGAUGAAAACUCAAGAAACAACUCAAUCAUUUAAAUUGCGUAAAGUACAACGCAAGAUCUCCAAUCGAGCACGAAGACAUUUGGAAGUUUUGAAAUAUUUGGAGAAACUUAAACCUUUGAUUUCAGACUGUGUGACCAAUCCCAUGAAGAAAUACUCUCUCAAGCAAUGGCACGAAUUUUUCGAAAUUUUAGAACUCGAUGAAACGCCGAAAGAAGUUGAGGAAACGAGUAAAUACGAUGGGUUUUGGUUGGGUGAUUACAGUCCACUUCGACUACCGUUAAAAGAGCCCAAUUUCAUGGUAUUGAAAGUGUACAAUAAAAUUGAAGAAACCGUUGCUCGAUUGAUUGACGAGGAAAUUGAUGAUUUAAAAAUGAUGAACAAUCAGGAUGAAGGAGUAGAGAUUGAACCACCUGCCGCAUCUGACAGGAAAGUGCAGUUUGAAAAGUAA